UCUUGGAAUUGGGAGGAAGAGGGAGAGGGAGACCGGGACGAGACCCGGGUUGUGGUGCGGAGAGGCUGGGGCUGAGAAGAGGAGAGGGAGAGAGGGCGCCGGGACCGCCCUUAGCUGCAGUCUUUCAGCUCCCCUCACGAGAGAGAAGGGGACAGGGAGGAGGCCGGGGCGGGAGUGGGGGCUGUCACCCUCGUACCCUGACGUGAGAGGGGCCGUUUGGCCGGACGUCCUAGGGGUGGGUCCCCUAUCGGUGGCCGAAGCCCUGGGGUUCAGGCCCUUCGGUUCCGAAUUUCCGGGCUUGACCCCUCGUUUCUCAAAUACCCGGUUAUCAGCCCCACAGAUUCCAGAUAUCCGGGACCCGGGUCCCAACCUCUCUAAAGCUGGGGCUCUGUUUUAUAGGAUUUCAAAUAUCUGGGGUUCAGGCCCCUGCGUGCACCAGUAUCCGGGGUUCAUUCCCUCACGCGUUCAACUAUCAGAGCCAGCCUCCCCCCCGUUUAAAUAUCUGGGGUUCAGACCCCACAAUCAGAAAUCCGGGAUUCAGCAACUGUCGCCCUCGAGGAGGAGGAGGAGGACUGGACCGCGAGGUCAGAUCAGGCUGUCACCCCCUCCCCUCCAGGGGAGGCUUCCCGGGCCCACCCCUGAGGAAGGGCAAACGCCGAGGCAGAGGUGGCAAGGGGAAAGGGCUCCUUGCCCCUCUCCCUGCUUGGCAGAGCCGCUGGAGGACCCCAGGAGGAGUCGGAAGCGCUGGGGGCACCAUAGUGACUCCUACCAGGUCAGGCCCCACUCUCAGGGCCCUCAGGGGCCACCAUGCCAGCUGGGGGCCGGGCCGGGAGCCUGAAGGACCCUGAUGUGGCUGAGCUCUUCUUCAAGGAUGACCCCGAAAAGCUCUUCUCUGACCUCCGGGAAAUUGGUCAUGGCAGCUUUGGAGCCGUGUACUUUGCCCGGGAUGUCCGGAAUAGUGAGGUGGUGGCCAUCAAGAAGAUGUCCUACAGUGGAAAGCAGUCAAACGAGAAGUGGCAGGACAUCAUCAAGGAGGUUCGGUUCCUACAGAAGCUUCGGCACCCCAAUACUAUCCAGUACCGGGGCUGUUACCUGAGGGAGCACACAGCCUGGCUGGUGAUGGAGUAUUGCCUGGGCUCGGCUUCUGACCUCCUGGAAGUGCACAAGAAGCCCCUCCAGGAGGUGGAGAUCGCUGCCGUGACCCACGGGGCUCUUCAGGGCCUGGCUUACCUGCACUCCCACAAUAUGAUCCACAGGGAUGUGAAGGCUGGAAACAUCUUGCUGUCAGAGCCAGGCUUGGUGAAGUUGGGGGACUUCGGCUCCGCAUCCAUCAUGGCACCUGCCAACUCCUUUGUGGGCACCCCAUACUGGAUGGCUCCGGAGGUGAUCCUGGCAAUGGAUGAGGGGCAGUACGACGGCAAGGUGGAUGUCUGGUCCCUGGGGAUCACCUGCAUCGAGCUGGCGGAACGGAAACCACCGCUGUUCAACAUGAAUGCAAUGAGUGCCUUAUACCACAUUGCACAGAAUGAGUCCCCUGUGCUCCAGUCGGGACACUGGUCUGAGUACUUCCGGAAUUUUGUUGACUCCUGUCUGCAGAAAAUCCCUCAAGACAGACCAACCUCAGAGGUUCUUCUGAAGCACCGCUUUGUGCUCCGGGAGCGGCCACCCACCGUCAUCAUGGACCUGAUUCAGAGGACCAAGGAUGCCGUGCGGGAGCUGGACAACCUGCAGUACCGCAAGAUGAAGAAGAUCCUGUUCCAGGAGGCACCCAACGGCCCUGGCGCUGAGGCCCCAGACGAGGAGGAGGAGGCGGAGCCCUACGUGCGCCGGACUGGCACGCUGACCAGUCUGGAGAGCAGCCACUCCGUGCCCAGUAUGUCCAUCAGCGCCUCCAGCCAGAGCAGCUCGGUCAACAGCCUGGCAGACGCCUCAGACAAUGAGGAGGAGGAGGAGGAGGAGGAGGAGGAAGAGGAGGAGGAGGAAGGGCCUGAAGCCCGGGAGAUGGCCAUGAUGCAGGAGGGAGAGCACACGGUCACCUCGCACAGCUCCAUCAUCCACCGGCUGCCGGGCUCGGAUAACCUGUAUGAUGACCCCUACCAGCCAGAGCUGACCACAGGCCCCCUCCAGCUGCCCGCAGCCCCCGCCCCCACCCCCGCCUCUUCCGCCCGUCGCCGGGCCUACUGCCGCAACCGGGACCACUUUGCCACCAUCCGCACCGCCUCCCUGGUCAGCCGCCAGAUCCAGGAGCACGCACAGGACUCCGCGCUGCGGGAGCAGCUCAGCGGCUAUAAGCGGAUGCGGCGGCAGCACCAGAAGCAGCUGCUGGCCCUGGAGUCUCGGCUGCGGGGGGAGCGAGAGGAGCACAGUGCACGGCUGCAGCGGGAGCUGGAGGCACAGCGGGCUGGCUUUGGCGCUGAGGCGGAGAAGCUGGCACGGCGGCACCAGGCCAUCGGUGAGAAGGAGGCACGUGCUGCCCAGGCCGAGGAGCGGAAGUUCCAGCAGCACAUUCUCGGGCAGCAGAAGAAGGAGCUGGCUGCCCUGCUGGAGGCCCAGAAGCGAACCUACAAACUGCGGAAGGAGCAGCUAAAGGAGGAGCUCCAGGAGAACCCCAGCACGCCCAAGCGGGAGAAGGCCGAGUGGCUGCUGCGGCAGAAGGAGCAGCUGCAGCAGUGCCAGGCGGAGGAGGAGGCGGGGCUGCUGCGGCGCCAGCGUCAGUACUUCGAGCUGCAGUGUCGCCAGUACAAGCGCAAGAUGCUGCUGGCUCGGCACAGCCUGGACCAGGACCUGCUGCGAGAGGACUUGAACAAGAAGCAGACACAGAAGGACUUGGAGUGUGCGCUGCUGCUGCGGCAGCACGAGGCCACGCGGGAGCUGGAGCUGCGGCAGCUGCAGGCCGUGCAGCGCACGCGGGCGGAGCUCACCCGCCUGCAGCACCAGACGGAGCUGGGCAACCAGCUGGAGUACAACAAGCGGCGGGAGCAGGAGCUGCGGCAGAAGCACGCGGCCCAGGUUCGCCAGCAGCCCAAGAGCCUCAAAGUACGUGCAGGCCAGCGUCCCCCCAGCCUCUCGCUCCCUGAUCCUGGGGCUCUGGGAGCACCCAGCGCAGGCACCCCUAGAGAGGAGCAGCCCUGCCCAUCGGGCCAGGAGGCAGCCCUGGACCCAAGAAUUCUGGGAGAGGAGGAGGAAGCAGUUCCAGAGAGGAGGAUUCUGGGACAGGAGGGGGCCACCUUGGAACUCGAGGAGCAGGGAAUGCUGGGGGGAGAAGCAAGAGCCCCUAGUCCCGGCCCCCAAAAUCGUAGGCAUUGGGUUGAUGAGGAAAUUUGGGGUCUUCCUGACGAGGGCAUGGAGGAGCUUAGAGUGCCAUCGCUGGCUCCUCAGGAGAGGAGCAUUGUGGGCCAGGAGGGGGUCGGGGAGUGGAGAUUGUGGGAGAAGGAGGAGGGCUGCCUCCUGGGGGAGGAGUUUGACUUUGGCUGGGUCCAGGGCCCACCACUGACACCAGUCCCUGAGGAGGAGGAGGAGGAGGAGGAGGGCUCUCCAAUUAGGACCCCACGGGAUCCUGGCGACGGCUGUCCCUCCCCAGAUAUCCCCCCUGAACCCCCUCCCACACAUCCGAGGCCUGGCCCUGCCAGCCAGUUCCCUGGUCUCCUGUCCCACGGCCUCCUGGCCGGCCUCUCCUUUGCAGUGGGGUCGUCCUCUGGCCUCCUGCCCCUGCUCCUUCUGCUACUGCUCCCCCUGCUGGCGGCCCAGGGUGGGGGAGGCCUGCAGGCCUCGCUGCUGGCCCUCGAGGUGGGGCUGGUGGGCCUGGGGGCCUCCUACCUACUUCUUUGUACAGCUCUGCACCUGCCCCCCAGUCUGUUCCUGCUCUUGGCCCAGGGCACUGCCCUGGGGGCUGUCCUGGGUCUGAGCUGGCGCCGAGGCCUUCUGGGUGUCCCUCUGGGCCUUGGGGCCGCCUGGCUCCUUGCCUGGCCAGGCCUGGUUCUCCCUCUGGCAGCUGUGGCCGCUGGGGGCAAGUGGGUGCGGCAGCAGGGCCCCCGGAUGCGCCGGGGCAUCUCGCGACUCUGGUUGCGGGCUCUGCUGCGCCUGUCGCCCCUGGCCUUUCGGGCCCUGCAGGGCUGUGGGGCAGUGGGGGACCGGGGUCUGUUUGCGCUCUACCCCAAGACCAACAAGGAUGGCUUCCGCAGCCGCCUGCCUGUCCCUGGGCCUCGGCGGGGUAAUUCCCGCGCUGCCCGACACCCAUUAGCCCUGUUAGCAAGGUUCUGGGCCCUGUGCAAGGGCUGGAACUGGCGCCUGGCGCGGGCCAGCCAGGGCUUGGCCUCCCGCCUGCCUCCCUGGGCCAUCCACACGCUGGCCAGCUGGGGCCUGCUUCGCGGGGAACGGCCCAGCCGUAUCCCCCGGCUGCUACCACGCAGCCAGCGCCGGGCAGGGCCCCUUGCCUGCCGCCAGCCACCACCAGGGACUCUAGCCGGGCGGAGAGCCCGAACCCGCCAGUCCCGGGCCCUGCCUCCCUGGAGGUGAGCGACUCACUUCCCAGCCCAAACCGAAAGCAUCGAGCACUUUAUCUCCCACCACUCAGUGACGUGGGCCGGACCCGGGCCUCUCCUCCCUCUCACCCUUCCUUCCUCAGUGUGCUUCCCACCACCCCCCACCCCAGCCCUGGGCACCUCUAGACAGGCAGCUUCCUCCACCCCGGCGUCCGGAGGUUACACUUCGUGUGCUCCUGACUCCCCUCCCUCCCCCUAAGUUAUUGCUGUUCUCCGGCUGUGUGUGCUCAUCCUCACCCUCAUUGACUCAGGCCUGGGGCCAGGGGCCGUGGGCGGGGGUGGGGGGGACAGUCAUGUUUUUUUUUCUCUCUUUGAUUUUGUUUUUCUGUCUCCCUUCCAACCUGUCCCCUUUCCCCCACCAAAAAAAGAAAAAGACAAACACAAAUAAAAUAUCUGAGCGGAACUGUACCUUUGG